AAUAAUAACAAUAACACCCACCCAAUUAUUCAAAAUCUAAAAAACAUCUCACACAAAAUCCAAACAUAAUCUACGACAACAUUUUCAUAUCCAAAACAAUCUUAAACAACAACGUUUUCUUCAUUCUUCAUCAACAAUGGUGUACUCUAACUACACUCCUACUUACUACUCAACUCUCCAUGAUUCAAUCACCUCUUUCUGCAAAACCAUUCUUCCUUUCAACUUCAAAAAACGAUCUUUACCCUCUGCAGAACACAGAUUAUCAAAGCUACAAUCUGAUAACCUUAAAUGGCAACAAGAUUCUUUCCACCAAGUUUUGAACUUAAUGGGUCUUCACAAAGAAGGAAUUGUAGCUGAAUCUGAAGUCAAAACUUUCAAAACUCACUUGCUUGAAACCCUUAUUGCUUCUCCUCCAGAACAAGAAAAUCAUGUUAUAUUAAGAGACAAGCUUCUGUUUUUGCAGGAAUUACUUUAUGCUAAGUGCAUUUCUGAAGAAGAGUAUCAUUCUUCUAAAAGGCCAUUGCUACAAAGAUUGGCAGUACAAGGAGCUCAGAUCGAGGCUAGAGAUAUAAUUGCGGGGAAGUCGAAGGAUUUAAAAGAGAAUUCGGAAGAGGAGUGGUCUGUGAUUGAUUUGAAGGAUGAUAAGAGUAUGAUGAACAAGGACAAUUUGAAUUCCAAAGGAAAAUUGAAUCAUGGAUCCACUUUGAAGCAGAUUAAAGGAGCAGCAUCGGUUUUCGGUUUUGUUUCUUCAAACAAGCAUGAAAAGAGUAUAUUUGAUUCACCUUCUUUGAAUUCAAAGGCAAAACAACAAGGUGAAGGUGUGUCAAUUCUUAUGGAGGAAAGUGGGCCUCCUGAACCGGGGAAGGAAAGCGGAGGCGGUGGUGGUUCGGAAAAGUCGAAAAGGAAACCAUUUAGGACUUUGUUUCAUAAGGAGCAGAGAGAGGGAAAUGGUGGGUCUGAGGUGGAACAAAGAGGAGGGAAAUCAGUGAAAAAGCAAUGGGGGUUUGAUGGAUUUAAGAAAUGGAAGAGAAAUGAAAAUGAAUUGGACGAUGAGACAGCUCCUUUGCCUCUCAAUCAGAGAUCUGACAGUGAGGCAUUCUCAGCUUCUUCUCAGUCUUUUGCAAGGACAGUUGGAGAUGGACCAGACACCAAGUUGAUCAAGAAAAAGUUGCAUUCUGACGGUUCCCCAUCUGAUUUUUUCAUAGAUAAGGUUUUGGGAAACAACAUAAAGAAGGAGUUAUCAAGAAUCCAGACAGAACUGAGCAGCACAAAUCCAAAUCUUAAAUUUUCGAAUGAUCAGAUGGAAGCAAUUUCUACCAGAAUUCCAGUAGAUAAAGCUGAUUUGAAGAACUACUUCCCCAAAUCAUGGUGUGACCGAUAUGGUGAUGUUGUGCUAGAUGUGGUGAAAAAGGAAUUCAAAACCCAUGUUGAAGAAAUGGAAAACAUGCGCAGCGUUGCGAGAGAAAAACAUGGCGGCAACUCGAGGAGGUGGACAACAUUUGAUGAUGAUGAAAACAUGCAUCCAAAUCUUUUUGUUCAUCACGAUAAUUCUGUUCGGAGUAGUAACAUCAAUCCAUUUUCUCAUGGUUAUGCUGAGAAUAUGUGAAACUAAUUAAGCUGAGGUCUCAAUCAGCUUCUUCUCCUUUAAUAUUGGCAAAUGUUAGCUGUACCUAUCUGUAAACUUCGUCGCGUGUUCAACUGCUUGAACUACGGCUUGAGACAACAUCUGUAGGAAUCUGAUAUUGUAAGACUUUAAGACGAUAAAAAAUAUAUUAACUACUGUCUAAGUUA